GGGUCAUACAGUCGAGCUUUCACAUGAUUAUCAUCUCUAGUUAAGUGUAAAACUGCAGAUUUCAAAUAUUCAAGUGAAAAUCUAACAUGAAAUAGUGAAUGUUGUUUUCACUUUGUUUGAAGUGAUUUCUAGUUGGCUUACUAGAACAUCUGCGUUACAUCACUACGUGUACAUAUCAUGGGAUUGACCAUCUCGUCCGUCUUCCAACGGUUGUUUGGGAAGAAGUCCAUGAGGAUUUUAAUGAUUGGACUUGAUGCAGCAGGAAAGACAACUAUAUUAUAUAAACUUAAGCUGGGAGAAGUAGUCACAACAAUACCAACAAUUGGAUUCAAUGUAGAAACUGUGGAGUAUAAAAAUAUUAGUUUCACUGUAUGGGAUGUAGGUGGUCAAGACAAAAUUCGACGCUUGUGGAGACAUUAUUUCCAGAAUACACAAGGUCUCAUAUUCGUGGUAGAUAGCAAUGAUCGUGAUCGUAUCGGCGAAUCUGCAGACGAAUUGAAUAAAAUGCUCUCAGAGGAUGAAUUACGUGAUGUUGUAAUAUUAGUUUUUGCCAAUAAACAAGACUUACCCAAUGCAAUGUCAACUGCUGAAGUUGCAGAAAAAUUGCGUUUACGAGAAAUUCGCAAUCGACCUUGGCAUAUACAAUGUGCUUGUGCUACACAAGGUCAAGGACUAUUCGAAGGUUUGGAUUGGCUAUCGAAUGAACUAUCCAAACGAUCCUAGAAUAUAUGAAAACUCUUUCACAUCAAUCACUCCUCUUUUUUUUUAAAAAAAAAUACCCAAAAAACAAAACAACCACUACAAUUACUUAAUUUACACACAAGUACACAUACAUAUGUACAAUGGAUGGUCAAUAUUUUCUGUAAAAUAAAACAAAGAAGAACCAAAAUCUGAACAACCGAUGUUUCUUCGUUUUCCCCCUUGUUUCUUUCUGGAUUUCUAGGCGAGAAAAGUAAAAAUUCUCUUUUAUUUUUGUUUGUUUGUUUGUUGUUUCCCAGUCAUAAUAUUGCCUGUUGUUAAUGUUAAAUGAGUUAGUUAUACAUAAUAGUAGUAAUUUCUGUAUACCUGGUGUGUGUGAUGAAGGGAGAGUGUAUCAGAGGAUAUUCCAUUGCAUAAAGCCAUACAAUAAUACCACUUUAUUCCGAGUGCUUCAUUGCUAUAUA